AGUCACACUCCGGGCUUUGAUGUCCCCAUGAUGAGCUCACCCAGCGCCCAGAACCUGCCAGCUCACCCUCCUGAUGGGGCUGAUCGAGGAGCGAGGAGAGGGGCAGCCCAAGCAUGAAGGUGGCCGAGGGGACGAGUCUCCCGGGGAGAAGGAGAAGGAGGAGUCGCAGCAGAGGAUGAGACAACCCGAGUUUCCCUCCUGGGAGAAGAUGCCAUUCCACCAUGUGACAGCUGGCUUGUUGUACAAGGGCAACUACCUGAACCGCUCGCUCUCCGCCGGCAGCGACAGCGAACAGCUCGCCAACAUCUCCGUGGAGGAGCUGGAUGAAAUCCGGGAGGCUUUCCGAGUGCUGGACAGGGAUGGGAAUGGCUUCAUCUCCAAGCAGGAGCUGGGCAUGGCGAUGCGCUCGCUGGGGUACAUGCCCAGUGAGGUGGAGCUGGCCAUCAUCAUGCAGCGCCUGGACAUGGAUG